GGGUGGCCGCAGGGGGCGGGGCUCGCACUCCGGUCCUUGGGCUUCGGUCGGGGAGCGUCCGCUGGCCCCAGAGCAGGGAGUUCGGCGCUGCCUCCGCCGCCACCGGAAAAUGAAAGAAGUUGGAAUGAUGGGAGGUUUUUGAAACGAGAGAGACGACCUGAAAAUCUUCUUCAUGAUGGGUGAGACAUUCUCCAGGUCUGGCUCUCAGGAUGGUGAAAGCAAAUCUAUCCUGCCCCAGGACUCACCUGUUGGUAGUGAAGCCUCCAGUCAGUCUGUCAUCAGUGGCGGCAACUCUGUUCUCUCCUGUGUGCCUUGUACAGGCUCAGCUGACUCAAGCUUUGUGACCUGCCCCACCUGCCAGGGGACGGGGGAGAUCCCAAGUGAGCUGGAAAAGCAGCUGGUGGCACUCAUUCCAUAUGGGGACCAGAGGCUGAAGCCCAGGAGAACGAAGCUGUACGUUUCCCUGGCUGUGUUCACCUGCCUGCUGAUGUCAACCCUCAUCUUCUUCUUUCUGUUCCCCCGCUCCAUCGUGGUACAGCCAGCUGGGCUAAGUUCUUCUGUGGUAGCUCUUACUGAUGAUGUCAUCCUCCUCAAUGUGACGAAUGUCCUCAACAUUACCAACAACAACUACUACCCCAUCACUGUAACCCGGCUCAACAUCGAGGUACUCCACUUGUCACUUGUCGUGGGGCACAUGGAAGAAAGCAACCUUUGGCACAUUGGCCCUUUGAGCAGUGAACAGAUAUUCUAUGAAGUCACCAGCAAGAUAGCUGAUGAAAACACACGCAACAUCUGUACCUGGGGGAAAAUCAAAGUCCAUAAUGUACUUCAGCACAUACACUCCCUGAUCUCCUGCCUUCCUGUUAUUGCUUUCAUCUGCCAAAGGACUGGAUUCCACUGGUUAUUUAUUCCUUUAUUUUUUGGUCCAUGAGUGAAGAACCCAGCUUUGUUCUUCUUUCCUCACCCCCUGGAUUGCCUGUGGAAACAAGGUCCUGGCAGUACCAGGAGCUGCCAACAGUGAUUCUAACCUGUCUCAAGGGCCUCUCACCAGACCAAAUAGUACCCAGGAGAAAAGGCUGGCCUAAGAUAUUCUCCAAGUCAGGGUCUCUGUUCCAGUGGCAACUCCUUAUCCUGCUCCCCUACAGGAAAACACAGAGGCUUCCUGUUCUUCACACACUUCCAUGGUUUUGUUUUUUUAAACCAAAAUUCUACACUGAAUGAAGACACAGUGAUGAUUGGGUUCUUAGCUGUCUGUGGAGACAGCUGUGGUUUAAUGUGACUUUUUUUUUCUUUUUUCUUUUUAGCAAGUGCACUUUCAAUUUGCUCCUUCCUGCUAAAUGAGAGGAAGGGCUUUGGGAUCUAAUAUGCCUCAGACUGUGGAGAGUUAGGGAGCCCCUCUUCUUUGUGGUGGAAUUGUGGGCCUAUUCAAAAAUCUUGAUGAUGGAUCUUGGGAAAAGUAAAAGAUGGGAAAUACAGUUACACAUUGGUAGUUACCCUGGGCCUGUAUCUGCUGGAUUGCCUCAUUUAAGAGACCCUAUGAGUUUUCUUCCUGUUAACACCUGCCAGUUGUUCCUGGAGCAUGUGGCUAGAAACUUCAGAGCACUGAAUCAUGUAAGAGGAUUAAAAUGGCAGUACAGCCAGGGCCUGCAUUUCCCUUAGUACUUUGUACGCUGCCAACAAAGUGGGCGAGUCGGCCAGGCUGCUGUAACUCUGAGGGGGGCAGUCCAGAGGUAUUCUACACAGGCCAUUGGUUCCUAACUGCCCAGUAUGCCUCACUUAAGAGUUCUCUCUCUGUUUUUGCUUCAGCUAACACUCCUCUCCUGCUUUGUAAAAAUUGCCAUAUUCAAUUCCUCUGAAGCCAGUGUUGAGUCAGUCAUGAAGCCUCAGGGACAAGGGCUCCCCUGGGAUUUCCACAAAGUACAGGGAAGGCAUGACCUUUAUAGCUUUUGAACCAAUGCUGAAGCCGCUUUCAAAAUAUAAAAGGAAGACAAGCAAGCAGGCAGGUCUGUGGUGUCUCCUUGGUGGUUUUAUCUCAGUUCUGUUUGAAAGGCUAACCUCAGUGGUAGAGAUAGGGGUUUUACUGCCACUGACUAGCCUUGACCUGUUACCUGAACCUUCAAAGGAGAGGAAGGGUGUCAUGGUUUGGGUUUUUUUUGUUUUAUUUUUUGUUUGUCUUUUUUGGAGGGGAGGAGGGAUGGGUGGAUCCAGCUUCAAAAUGGAUUUGUCACAUCAUGAGGCAGGACACAAGGCGCUGUUGAAGACAAUCUCUCUUCUCAGGAAUAUCUGAGUUGGUCCUUACCUCAUGUCAGGGCUUCCCCAGACUCUUCAGGGAUGAUCUUUUCCAGAGACUUUUUGACAUAUGAAGUUAGGGGAUGGGGGGAGUAGGGGGAGAGGGAUUUAUCCUCACCCUUUCCUUCUUUCUGUUAUGAAGUGUGAACUAAACUGAAGCCUAAAAUAAAUCGCCAAGACUGGCCUGUAAGUCA